AUGCGAGAAAUAUCUGAAAAAGAUCAUAUCACCCAGUCGGAGUUGCCAACUUCAUCGGGUAGCGGCGAGCAGUCGACCAUCGCAGCCGAUGUCAAGUCCGAAUUGGCAAAUGACAACCACUCACAGUCAGCCACCUCCAGUAUACAGGAUGACGAAUGCGAAAACGAUGACCCAGAAUCGAACGCAACGCGCCUGGAGCGUCAGUCCACAGAGAUCGGCCCCGCCAUCAAGGUUGCGCGACUGAAGCGCCGGGGACUAUUCGGGCAGCUGGCGUUGGUAGCGGAGGUUGAGAACCCCAAGACCUACCCCCGCCGAAUGAAAUGGUUCAUCACAUUCAUCGUUGCGCUUGCUGGAGCCACGGCUCCAAUGGGUAGCUCGAUCUUCUUCCCAUCGUUAUCUCAGGUCUCGAGAGAGUUGAACACAACCACUACCAUCACUAAUUUGUCAAUCGCAUUGUACAUGCUGGCCAUGUCCAUCUUUCCACUGUGGUGGUCAUCAUUCAGUGAGCGAUUGGGGCGUCGGACCAUCUAUCUAGCGUCUUUCGCUCUCUUUGUGGUCUUCAAUUGCCUCUGUGCCGUGUCGAACUCUAUCGGGAUGCUCAUUGUGAUGCGAAUGCUAAGCGGCGGUGCUUCUGCUUCGGUCCAGGCAGUCGGUGCUGGCACUAUUGCUGAUCUUUGGGAUACUAGGGAGCGAGGACGUGCUAUGGGUAUCUUCUACCUGGGCCCGCUGUGCGGCCCUUUGUUUGCGCCGAUCAUCGGUGGUCUUUUGGCUCAGCGCUGGGGAUGGCGAAGCACAAUGUGGUUCCUGGCGGCCUUUGGUGCCCUCACGCUCAUAUUUAUCCUCGUCGCACUCCCGGAGACUUUGACAUUGCAGAAACCCAUGAUUUACGAAGUCGACGAAGAAGAAGACACAGAUAUCAGCCGCUCAUUGAGCCGGGUAUCCUCACGCCAAGUUGUUCGGUCAACCACAAAGUGGCUGAAGACUUUGAAAAUGGUGUUCAUCGAUCCACUCAAGAUCAUCCUCUAUCUGCGAUUCCUUCCUGUUCUUCUCAGUGUAUACUACGCCAGUAUCGCAUUUGGUUCGCUAUAUGUUCUCAACGUCAGUGUCGAGGAAACAUUCGGAAAAGCGCCAUACAAUUUCUCGACCAUCAUUGUUGGCCUGCUCUAUAUACCAAAUUCGAUGGGAUAUAUGGUGGCAAGUAUCUUUGGUGGCAAAUGGAUGGACAGCAUCAUGCAAAGAGAAGCGAGGAAAGCAAAUCGGUACGACGAGAAAGGCAGAUUGAUCUAUUGUCCCGAGGAUCGAAUGCGUGAGAACGCUUGGCUCGGCGCUUUUUUGUAUCCGGCGGGACUGAUCUGGUACGGAUGGGCUGCGGAAAGGGGAGUAUUUUGGCUUGUUCCGAUGAUCGCAAACUUCUUCUUUGGCAUGGGCUCCAUGCUCAUCUUCAGUAUGGUCACCACGAUGCUGACAGAAUUCAUGCCGAAAAAGUCAUCAGAAGGUGUUGCUCUGAACAACUUCGUGCGAAAUAUCUUCUCUUGCAUCGGAUGUGUGGUUACUGCUCCUAUCAUCGGUGGUAUUGGUAAUGGAUGGCUGUUCACUAUCCUCGGUCUGGUUAGUUUCGCUAGUAGCGGCGUCAUCCUUCUCAUGAGGCUCUAUGGUCCGAAAUGGCGGAUGUCUAUGGAUGCAAAAUUGCAAAAUUGA